AGCCAUUUUUUUAACAGGGGGUCACAUUGAUCAUCAUUUUUGAUAAAAUAAGUUUUUAUUUUGUGAUUCAUUCGGUCGGUUAAAAAAGAAAGUCAAUAAACAGAAUAGGACAACACUGAACGGACUUAUCUCUUCGUAUAAUUCCGUCAACUUGUAGAACAUAGCUCUGAGAAUGGCAGCCGAGAUAAAACCAGCGCAACGCAGCAACAAUGACCGCUUUUUGUCGACCAAAAAGCCCGAAUUACUCAGUAAAUUGGAGGGCAGUGGCGAUGAUGUGAAUGCAGCCAUUUUAAUACCAGGCGAAAAUGGUGUAAUUAGCGUAUCAGAUGACAAAACUGUGCGUGUGUGGGUCAAGCGAGACUCGGGACAGUAUUGGCCCAGUAUUUGUAAGAGUUUGCCAUCCGGUUGCACGGCCAUCGAAUACGUUCAGGAGCAGCGACAAUUGUAUAUUGGUCAAGACAACGGCACCGUCACACUAUACACCCUAUCCGAGGACUGUAAUCAGUUAUCAUUUGUCCGUGAUUAUCUGUCGCAUCAGGGCCGAGUUGUCGCCGUUGUCUUCACAAAGGCCCACAAUUGGAUCUUGUCCGCUGGCAAAGAUAAACAAUUUGCGUAUCAUUGUGCGGAAACGACAAAGCGAGUGGGCGGAUACAAUUUUGAAACAUCAUGCACAGCCCUACAGUUUGACGCCUUGGCUAAAUAUGCCUUCAUUGGAGAUCAUGCGGGUCAAAUAACAAUGCUGCGCUGCGAUGUGCAAGGUGUUCAGCUCAUUACCACAUUCAAAGGACACACAGCUGGCAUCAGAUGCUUAAGAUGGGUGGAGGGACCACAGUUGCUGUUCAGUGGUGCGUGCGAUCAAUCCGUGAUUGUCUGGGAUGUUGGCGGCAAGCGAGGUACAAUCUACGAAUUGCAAGGACAUGGUAACAAAGUAUCGGCACUGGCAUACGCUAAUCACACCCAGCAGCUAAUUACAUCGGGCGAGGAUUCCGUUGUUGUCUUUUGGGAGAUGAAUGCUAUGCGCAAGGAGGUGCCCGACUGGGUGGAGUCCAACAAUUGCCAGCUGUGCUCCAGGCCAUUCUUUUGGAACUUCCGUUCGAUGAUGGAUCAGAAACAGUUGGGUAUCCGACAACAUCAUUGCCGCCAUUGCGGCAAGGCUGUCUGCGAUAAUUGUUCAACGAAUCGCAUCAACAUACCCAUUAUGGGAUUUGAGUUCGAUGUGCGCUGCUGCGAUCCAUGCUACAAGCAGCUGCAGACUGUGGAGCGUCCUUCCUUAGCAGCCUUUCACGAUGCCAAGCAUUCCAUUGUGCACAUGGACCUCGAUGAGGAUCGAAAACGUCUGCUGACUGUCGGCCAGGAUCGGCUGAUCAAAGUGUGGGAUUUGUCUACCAUCUGGGUAUAAUAUUCAUAUAUAAUAUAUAUAACCCGUGUCCAAUUGACCGCAAGUUUGGUGUUUCAAUUUCUAAAGAAAAUUAUUAUUAUUAUUAUUAUAUUGUAUUGUAUGAAUCAAAAAUAAAUAAUACCAAAUACAUAUGUAAGUAUUGAAAAACAAAUACGACAAGUGCAAAUGGUAAACAGACGAAAGCACUUUCAUAAAUCUAAGAAGCAAUGUUCAACAUAAAACGUCGUAAUUAUAUAUAUAAACAUAUAUAUUAAUAAUGCAUUAGUUAUAUUUUCAUCAAAUUGAGAUUGAUGUAAAACUAAAAUCCAUGGAUAUCAAUAAAAUCAGAUCACGAGUAUCAUUCAAA